CCUUGGGAAAAACACAAAGCAUUGAGUUCUUCCUCUCCUCUUCCCUCCCUUCACUCUCUAGAGUGUCGUAGUGCUCUCUUGGCCUAGUGUAUCUUAGUGUGUGUGUGUGGCCCAAAAAAAUGGACGGUCAGGGAUGCUGUGGCAGCUUUUUCCAGAAAUGUAAGCCGUACAUCGCCAUGAUCUCUCUCCAAUUCGGCUAUGCUGGCAUGAACAUCAUCACUAAGGUGUCCCUCAACCGAGGGAUGAGCCACUAUGUGCUCGUCGUCUACCGUCACGCUUUUGCCACUGGGGCCAUCGCCCCGUUCGCUCUCAUCCUUGAGAGGAAAGUGCGGCCCAAGAUCACAUUUCCUAUCUUCAUGCAAAUCUUUGCACUGGGUCUUUUGGGGCCAGUGAUUGAUCAGAAUUUAUACUAUGCGGGGCUUAAGUUCACAUCGCCCACGUUCUCGUGUGCCAUGAGCAACAUGUUGCCGGCGAUGACGUUCGUCAUGGCCGUCCUGUGUAGGAUGGAGAAAGUGAACAUAAAGAAAGUGAGGUGCCAGGCAAAGGUGGUGGGAACUAUAGUAACAGUGUUAGGAGCCAUGUUGAUGACCUUGUAUAAGGGGCCCAUCAUGGAGAUGGUGUGGUCGAAACACAUCCAUCCUCGUAAAUCCUAUGUGACAGACACCACAGGAACUACUGACAAGGACUGGUUGAAGGGUUCGAUUCUCCUUAUCAUAGCUACCCUCUCUUGGGCUGCUUUCUUCAUCUUACAGGCAAUAACGAUGAAGAAAUACACAGCUCCACUAUCUCUCACAUCAUUGGUAUGCUUUAUGGGCACUCUACAGUCCAUUGCUGUCACCUUUGUUAUGGAGCACAGGCCUUCUGUAUGGACCAUUGGCUGGGACAUGAACCUCCUUGCUGCUGCCUAUGCUGGAAUAGUGUCUUCUAGCAUUGCUUACUAUGUUCAAGGGCUAGUGAUGCAAAAAAGGGGCCCUGUUUUUGUAACUGCCUUCAGCCCUUUGAUGAUGAUCAUAGUGGCCAUCAUGGGUUCUUUCAUCCUUGCUGAAAAGAUCUUCUUAGGAGGUGUCCUUGGAGCAAUCUUGAUCGUUGCAGGCCUCUACUCGGUCCUGUGGGGCAAAUACAAGGAGUUCAAAGAGAAGGAAGCCACGUCAGAGCUAACUGACGCCGUUAAGGGCAUUGAAGUAAAUGGACACGUGAUGGACGACAUAGAAGCCAACGACGUUGAGUUAGAGAAAGCAAAAGCAAAAAACCUCUCUGCUCUUAGCCAAGCCGUUGCCCUUACCGUUACCGUUAGUGUUCCUGAGCCACCGAUGAAGGCUAACGGCGCGCCAAAAGCUAACGGUUACUGACGGUUGGCAUCAGACGGUUAGGACAUGAGAAGAUGUGUGGGUUCAAGGGAGGGAGGGCAUUUUUGUCUUUUCCCAUCUCACUAUUUCUCUCUUUUUUUUCUUUUUUCUUUUUUUUUCUUUUUU